CCCUUUCGCUCUUCAUCGUCAACUUCUCCGGCCAAAAUAUCUGCCCAAACCAUAGAACACAUCGUUCUCUUCAAGAUCAAAGAUGAGACAGAGCCAUCGAAGAUCAACUCCAUGAUGAAUGGUUUGAAUGGUCUGAAAUCUCUCAAUCAGGUUCUCCACCUCAUUGCCGGGUCAAUACACAGGAAUCGAUCUACUGCUUUCGCGUUCACGCAUAUGUUGCACAGUACGUACAACACCAAAGAGGACUUGAACGGCUAUGCUGUACAUCUGGAACACGUAAAAGUCGUGAAAGAGUUAAGUUUGCCCAUCUGUGAUGACAUCAUGGCAGUCGAUUGGGUCGCCGAUCUCGAUGGCCCAAUAGUUUCCCAGCCCGGCGCUGUGAUGCGGCUGACCUUCUUGAAGUUGAAGGAGGGUUCAGGGGAUACCGAGAAAGGACAGGUAUUGGGAGCUAUUGGGGGUAUAAAGGAAAACUUUUCCUCCAUUAAUCAGCUUGGCUUUGGGGAGAAUUUCUGGCCUGCAAGGGCAAAGGGGUUUUCGAUUGCAUCACUUAUGGUCUUUCCUGGACUGAACGAAUUAGAUGCUUUGGAUUCGAACGAGGAGAUGGUGAAAGCACAGAAGGACAAGGUUAGACACUUACUGGAGAGUGUCAUCGUUAUCGAUUAUGCUCUCCCGCCGUCGCAAACUGCUAACCUUUGAAAUGAGCUUCCGUUGAGGUUGAGGUUGGGGUUUAAUUGUUUCUUCUUGUCUCGAACCCUUCUCUUUUUCUUCUAAUAACCUAGUGUCUGGGGCUACUGUGAUAUGAUUUUGUUUGAAGUAAUGGAUGAAGUGUUGGUUA